AUGGUACUCGGAAAGUACAACACUAAGACGGGGCUGGUCUCGGCAGCCUUCUUCUGCCCACAAGCCAGGGCUCCAGACGAGGAGUACCUCGAUGGACUACGAUCUUUCCUCAGCCACAACCGGUACGGACAGGUACUCCUGAAGGAGAUUAUAGCUCUGAAGACAGAUCGAAUUUGGUCGGUAUUUACCGCUUCCAGAGAGGACGUGGCAGCUCUGAGACACGGUCCCGAAUAUGUUGACAUGCUGCACGACUGGGCCGCAGAAGGUAUCUCCGGUCCACUCUCACGCGCGAGGUCGGGCAUCGUUGCUCUCCCUCUACUCGUUGUUCUCCAGAUUACGCAAUAUCUGAGAUAUCUUACCCACCAUGGGCUUUCGCAUGAAGAUUUCAUUGCUGGCGUUAGCAAGGGUGGCGGUUUACAGGGCUAUUGCGGCGGAUUGCCGUCCGCCCUGGCUAUUGCCUGUGCUCAGGACGAGGAAGAGGUGGUCAAGCACGCUGCCACUGCUAUUCGUAUCGUGCUUGGAGUCGGCGCGUAUGGCGAGGCAGCUGACGACACCGGUGGCACUGGAUCCACGACACUAGCUAUGCGGCUCAAGUACGAGGGGCAAGGUGACGACCUGACUCGUCGGUUCCCUGGAACCUAUGUCUCCGCCAUUACUGAGCCGAGAUCGGUCAGUAUCGUCGGGCCCGCUGCCACGUUGCACGAGCUGUACUGUUUCGCUCGGGACCAAGAGGGCCUCCAGGUCCAGAAGAUGGAAGUUCGAGGAAAGGUCCACAAUCCGGAAAACACGUCAUUGGCCGACGAUCUUUGCCGCCUAUGCCGUGAGACCCCAUCUUUGCAGCUUCCCAACGCCUCACACCUGAAAGUCCCGGUCCGAUCAAACAAGUCUGGCCAACGACUGCUGCAGGAAUCAUUGGCAGAAGAGCUUGUCACUACUAUUCUGGCUUCGCGCUGCGUCCGUCCCGCCAAGACGGCUGCCCAUGGGUUAAUCAGGACUCAACGCACCGGUGCAACCACGGCCGUCUUUCCCGAUAAUGCUCUUGCUAUCGUAGGAGCCUCGUGCCGCUUGCCUGGAGCGAGAAACCUCGAUGAGCUAUGGGACCUGCUCGCUUCUGGUGGGGAUCGCCAUCAAAAGCUUACGACCGACAGGUUCGAUAUCCACGGCAGUUUCCGGGCGAGCCAGAGUGGAAGCUUUGCCAAGGAUCUCACAUUUUAUGGGAACCUCAUUGAUGACGUCCAACGAUUCGAUAAUUCCUUCUUCGGUAUCAAUGCACGUGAGGCAGUCAACAUGGAUCCCCAGCAACGGAUCUUGCUAGAGCUAUCAUAUGAAGCCCUAGAUGAGGCCGGAUACUUGGCUAAACACCGACGCGAGGAUGGAGACAACGUUGGCUGCUUCAUUGGCGCGAGUUUUGUCGAGUACCUCGACAAUACUAACGCGCACGCCCCGACAGCCUAUACGAGCACAGGCACGAUCCGUGCCUUUCUCUGCGGCCGGCUUAGCUAUUAUUACGGUUGGUCGGGUCCGGCUGAGGUCAUUGACACAGCUUGCUCAUCCUCUCUCGUGGCCAUCAACCGAGCCUGCAAGGCAGUUCAGACGGGAGAGUGCCGUAUGGCUCUGUCCGGUGGCAUCAACAUAAUCACGGGUAUGCAUAAUUAUUUCGACCUCUCUAAGGCCGGAUUCUUGAGUCGGACGGGACAGUGCAAGCCAUUUGAUGCUUCUGCCGAUGGCUACUGCCGCUCUGAUGGUGCAGGUCUCGUUGUCAUCAAGAAACUCAAGCACGCUUUGUCCGACGGUGACCCAAUCCUUGGGGUUAUCCCUGGCGUGGCAACCAACCAAGGCGGAUUGUCGGCUUCUAUAACUGUGCCACAUUCGGCUGCUCAGCAAUCACUAUAUCGGAACGUGCUUGAGCAAGCCCGUCUCUCUCCCGAAAGCGUUACUUAUGUCGAAUCUCACGGUACCGGAACCCAGGCAGGCGACCCACUAGAAAUCGAGAGCAUCCGGUCUAUCUUUAGAAGGGAUUUAUCAAAUACCGGGGCAGGGAAGGGCAGUCUUUAUGUCGGCUCAAUAAAGGGUAACAUAGGACACUGCGAGACUGCCGCUGGAGUUGCAGGUCUACUCAAAGUCCUGGCCAUGAUCAAGUAUGGUCAGAUACCUCCUCAGGCGAACCAUAAACAACUCAACCCCAAGAUUCCCGCCCUGGAACCAGAUGGCCUCGCUAUCGCCCGAAGUCUGCGUCCCUGGAACAUUCCGUUCCGGGCGGCGCUAGUCAACAGCUACGGCGCAGCCGGAUCGAAUUGCGCUUUACUUUGCUGUGAAUUCCCAUCACCUUUGCGACUAGUGGUCACAGAGACGGCGCCAAAGUGCGGCCCGGAGAGUCCAGCCGUUCCGCUCAUAGUCAGCGCCUCCUCUGAGAAAAGCCUGCUAGCAAACUCUCGAGCCCUGGGCACCUAUCUGCGUAAGCAUGGGCAGACUGGAAUGGAUUUGCUUGAUGUCGCCUUCACUCUAAACGAAAGAAGACGACGUCUAAAAUAUUGCGCCAGCAUCGAAGCGAGGAGUAUCGAGGAUGCGACUACUCUGCUAGAGGGCCUUAGCUUAUCGGCCCCGUUCACAUCUCCUCAGACCGAUUCCAAGCCUGUCGUGUUCUUAUUCAGCGGACAGUACGACAACAAAGUGGGCCUAGAUCGUUCCUUCUACGACAGCAUCCCCAUCUUUCGAUUUCAAAUCGACGCUGUAGAUAUUGAGCUCAAGGCGCUCGGCUACUCUUCAAUCAUUCCAGCUAUAUUUGACAAACAGCCCUUGAAUGACGCGGUAACGUUGCAAUGCAGCAUAUUUGCCAUGCAGUAUGCGUCCGCGCAGUGCUGGCUGGACGCGGGGCUGUGCCCAAGCGCCAUCGUCGGCCACAGCCUCGGUGAACUGACAGCGCUCGCUAUCUCGGGUGUGCUCUCCCUGACAGAUGCGUUGAGACUUGUCGCGGGGCGAGCAAGGCUGAUCGACGCCAAAGUGACGCCCGAGAAAGGUGCCAUGCUGGCUUUGAGCUCAUGUCCUGUCCAGGAGUAUGAGACAUUAGCCUCACUCUUGCGUCAACGUCAACCGUCCGCUGAGCUUGAGGUCUCGUGUUAUAAUGCGCCCAAUGCGUUGGUUGUUGCGGGGUCAACUUUCGCCAUCGAUGCUGCUGAGGCUCUGUUAGGUGCGGAACCGAGAUUUCAAAAGGUUAGGGUUCGGCGUCUUGCCACCACCCAUGCGUUCCACUCGGCUCUGAUGGAACCUAUUCUCAAUGAUCUUGCCGCUCUGGCUCAGUCUUUAGAAUGGCGUGAGCCUAAAAUACCGCUAGAAGCCAGCGCCCCACAACCAGUCGAAUCCUUCAAGGAGUACAAACCUUCCAACCAUGCCCGAGACGCCGUCUUCUUCUCCGAAGCCAUUCGCCGGGUUGAGGGCCGUCUAGGAGGCAGUGGCAUCGUCUGGCUUGAAGCCGGAGUGGACACUCCUGUCGUCCCAAUGGCCAGCAAAGCCACGCGUCAGCCUAAUGCUCAUGACUUCCUUGCCAUGAAGACUCAGGGUAGCAUUAAACCUGCGGACGUCAUCGCUAAAGUCGCGGCCCGUCUCUGGGGAAUCGGCCUCUCUGCGAGCCACUGGUGCUUAUUACCCCACGCUAAGGCCGGAUACCAAUGCAAGCCCAUCUGGUUGCCACCAUAUCAAUUCGAGCCGACACGGCAUUGGCUACCUAACCUCGAUCGUGUCAUGGAAAUUCAGAACACAAUGUCGAAAAAUCAGCCGGUUGCUAUGCUGGGAGCGGGCAUUGCCCAGUCGCCUCCUACGCCACCGAAAUUAGUUACCAAAAGGUUCAGCGAAUCAGGCAGCGCUGGAGGUAUGAUAGUCGAAUUCUUGAUCAAUACUCAAAGCGAGCGCUUCAAGAAAAUUGUCGGCGGCCAUGCUGUGCGACACAGGCCGCUAUGCCCCGCAUCGAUGUAUAUGGAAUGCGUUAUUAUGGCGCUUCAACUUCUGCUGGAUGGGUCGGAAGACGAUCCGUUUGGCAGAGGCGCUAGCCUCUUCUUUGAGAACCUCGCCAUAAGCGCACCGCUUAGCCUCGGGACUGGCAACGAGGUGGUGCUGCAACUAGAACCGCAAACCGGUGGUAAUUCGUGGAAGUUUACCAUCCGUACAUUGGAGAGUCGAAGGCCGACGACACAUGCGAUCGGCGUCAUUGGCGUGACGCUGAACCCGUCCCUCGACGCCUUCCAACGCCUCGUAUCCGGGCCUAUAGAACGGAUUGAGAGGCUCGAUAGCGACGCCGAGAGGUUGAUGUCAAAACGUGCAUAUGGCCUCUUCAGCCGUGUCGUUGAUUACGCCCCUUUUUUCAAAGCCAUCCAAUCCAUUACGCUGAGCGAGAAAGAGGCUGUUGCUUCAAUUAAGCUGCCCGAUGGCCAGCCAGGCCGCGACGAGACGUCAGUGUGGAAGAUUGGCGACACAGUUGCGGUCGAUGCAUACAUCCAGGUUGUCGGUCUCCUCAUGAACAGCGACGAUUCCGUUGCAGCCGAUGAAGUGGUCGUUAUGGUUGGCCAGGACCGUGUCAUAAUGUCACCGAAGUUGCAGAUGCAUGAUCUAUCGGAAUGCUGGCGUGUCUAUGCUAGAUUUGGCUAUGGGCCAGAUCAGCAACCCAUCGGUGAUGUGUUUGUGUGUACCACCAAGGGUGACCUCGUAGCUAUCUUCAGUGGCUGUCACUUCGCAAAACUUCCUAUCCCGAAGCUCGAGAAGACCCUGGACUUGGCUAAGAAUGGUGUUUCCUCGCCACGGCGCCCCACGCAGCCCACUCCCACGCCCAGCUCCUCAAGCUCCAGCACGACUACAGAAACCACAGGCAGCGUUACUCCGGGAACAAGCGUCAUUUUUCCUCCGGAAGGUGAGACUGGGGAGUCAUUCUUAGCCCUCGGAAACAUGAUAGCAGAGUACACGGGCAUCCCCGUGUCUGAUUUACCGCAUGACAGGACUUUAGCCGAGAUGGGUGUGGAUUCAUUGGCGUCAGUCGAGCUUGUGGGUGAGCUGUCGUCUAAGUUUAGCAUCGACAUUAACGGCGAGGAUGUUGGGGAUUGCACUAUGGGGAAACUAUACCGACAUCUUAGCGCGCAAAGUUCACCGCCUCUCCCCCGUAUCACCCCAACAGAAUCGGGUUUUCUUGUACCCAGGAUCGAGGCUUCCGAGAAUCCAUCCCCCUCCAGUCUAAGCAGAGGACGACUCAGCUCCGAAAAACGGUACCAGAAAUUUAUGCAAAUACUUAUUGAGGUAACCGGAGUAGAGACUUCAGACAUCAAGCCUGAGACCCAGCUGGUUGACUUGGGAGUCGACUCACUAUCAUCUAUCGAUUUGAAACAGGAACUCGAGGAUCAACUCUCGGCGCGGUUAGCCGACCUCUCGGUAGAGGACACGAUACAAGGAUUAAUGCAACAUCUCAGUAUCUCCCGAUCCGAUCCCGACUUGGAGCAGGUGGAGGCCCCUCAUCAUCCUAGAGCAAUUCCGGUCCCAAGUACCAAUAAAGAUUGUGAUGAGGACACAAUCCUCCGGGAGAACCCCUUCGAUGUUCUGGGGGAGUCGGACGCACACUUUGACAACUCCGCCUCCAGAAACGGCUUCCUUCGUUACUGGUCCGACGUGGCACCUUUGCAAAAUGAGCUUAUGCUGUCAUAUCUCGUCGAGGCUUUCACCGCCCUCGGUGUCGAUCUGUCGUCGGUCUCUCCGGGGGAUGUUGUUCCACAGCUCCCCCACCUGCGACCAAAACAUGACAAGGUUGUUCUACGGCUCUGGGAGAUUCUGCAGAAUCAUGGAUUUGUAACGAUAGACGCUGCAGGCGUGAUUAGGCGUGGAAGUCGUGCAGUUAACGAUGUGUCCUCUGCACAAUUACAAGAAACUUUUGAAGCUCGAUUCCCGGAUUAUAAGGACGAGGCGGCAUUGAUCGGCCUCACAGGUCCGAAUCUCGCUGGCUGUCUAAGCGGGAAACUCGACGCCGUUUCACUCAUGUUUGGUGGCCCUAAGUCUAUGAAAAUCAUGGAGAACUAUUACAACUCGUCACCCAUGAUAUCAACAUUGACCGAUCAGCUUGUGGUCUUCCUCACGUCCCUUCUUCGCCACGCCAAGAAUACCCGCCCAGUACAGAUCCUCGAAGUCGGGGCGGGCACCGGAGGGACGACGAAACGGCUAGUAGGGGCCCUCGCGGCAGCGGGUGUUUCGGCACGCUACACAUUCACCGAUAUCUCGCCAAGCCUAGUAGCCAAGGCCAAGGGCGUGCUAAAACAGCAUACGUGGAUCGAAUACAUGACAUUUAACCUCGAGAAGGAGGUUCCGGAGAAUCUCCUUGGAAAGUUUGAUAUCGUCAUCGGCACUAAUUGUGUUCACGCGACCUCAGACCGUACAGCAUCUUGUCGUCGGCUACGUCAGGCGCUUCUCCCCGGAGGAAUUGUCAUCCUGUCCGAGGUAACGCAGCCCAUAGACUGGUACGACAUCGCAUUUGGUUUGCUGGACGGCUGGUGGCUCGCCGAGGGCGGUACCGCAUACCCCCUUCAACCUCCCGAGAAAUGGAUGUCUACCUUUGCAGCAGCGGGUUUCGCCUCAGCUAGCUUCUCACGUGGGACAACCCGAGAAUCUGUCAGCCAACAGCUUCUUGUAGCCUGCAACAAACAAUGGGAUGUGCCCCUUCCAUCCCCUGAAGUAAACACUUUUACCAACCAGGAAAAAGAACAUGCCACGUCCCAUCUAGAGACCAUGGUCUAUAAAGAGGAAAGUGGCGUUGAGGUCCAUGCCGACGUCUAUUUUCCAACGGCAAUGCCACGAUCACCAAUGCAAAUCGGCUGGACAGCAGAAGAGGCCGGGUUACAGCCUCCUGCCGCUGUUCUCAGCUUUUACGCCCCUUAUGAUUUUGCCGGGGAAGUUACUGAGCUCAAGACGUACCAGAUCACCCACUACGAUAACUCCGCCAAAGGUGACACCACGGACCUCGGGUGGGUUCGGCCCGGCGACCCACGCUCCGAGCUAGUUCUAUCCCUGUUCAAGGAAGCUAUCGGGCUCCCUGUCCUCCUUAACGGUUUGCCUCAGCGAUCCGGCGAAGAAAUCAGCGAUGACUUCCUCCGGAAAUGGCUCUCACGGCCGUCAUCAGAGCGCAUCGCAUCCAUUAGCCCCCUUGAACGUGCACGAUCUGGGCAGUACAGCUGCCCAACAUUUAUUAUCCACGGUACGGCAGACGAAGUGGCCCCGUUUGCUGGGGCCGAGCGCUUUGCAGCGGAAUUGGAAACCCGCGGGAUCCGCCGGGGAUUCCUUGCCGUGCCUGGGGCGGUACAUUUGUUUGACCUAUCAGUACGACCCGGGACAACGGAGUGGGAGGAGCGGGUGGCGCCGGGGUAUAAGUUCUUGAUUGAGGCUGUCCGAGGGGGUCACGACCUUCGGGGCAGGGGCGGCUCCGUUGACAUCAGCGAUGUCCCCUAG